UCAAAAUAAACAUUAAAAAAAAAAAAAAAAAAAAAACUCAUAUUUUCGAAUCCACCCCAUCAGAUCACCAUCAUCAACGACCCAUCUGACCAGAAGCAAAGGCUGAGCAAUGAUUCUGACGAGAAAGAUUGCGAGUGAAUUUUGCUGGGUUGUGUUGGGUGAUUGUUGAAUUUUGGUAUUACAUUCUCUCCUUUGUCUCUCCCGAUCAGAUUAGGUGGCAAAGUGACUUAGUUUUGGUUCCUCCUGCCGCCAUUCUCUCUCCCUUUGUCUAUUCUUUGGUUUGUGGUGAUUUGUUUUUGCGGGGGAAAUUUGUUUUUGCAGUGGUUUGUUGUUUGUUCGACGGUAGAGCUAAGAAAUUUGGGUAAAAAAAAUGAGUACAGUUUUAAAUAGAGUAGAGAAAUAUAUAUUGAGUCUGACUAGAAGUAUCUAAUAAUUAAAAUAACUUUUGGGACUAAAAUAACUAGUCCUCUGAGACAUUUUCACAAACACCUACUCUACUCCUCCACAAGCAUGGCCUUCAAACUCAAACACUCGUUUUUCUUCUCAAUCCUAAAACCCCAGAAGCCCACCCUCUCUAACCUUCAUCUACUGCAGCAAUACCGAGGCAUAGCCAAAGUCCGUCUCAAAUGGGUCAAGAACCGAAGCCUCGAUCACAUAAUCGAUACCGAGACCGAUCUCAAGGCCGCUUGUCUUCUCAAGGAUGCUAUAAAGCGCUCCCCAACUGGUUUCCUCACUACUAAGUCCUUUGCCGAUUGGCAAAAGCUUCUGGGUCUCACUGUCCCAGUUCUACGCUUUCUACGCAGGUACCCAACUCUCUUUCAUGAAUUCCCUCACACUCGUUAUGCCAGUUUGCCUUGCUUUAAGUUAACGGACACUGCAUUGUUAUUAGACUCACAAGAACAAAGUAUACACAAAAACUGUGAGAGUGACACUGUGGAGAGGCUUUGUAAAUUGCUUAUGAUGAUGAAAACCAGUACUGUAUCGUUGCAAUCGUUGUAUCCUUUGAGAUAUGAUCUGGGUUUGCCCGAUAGUUUUGAUAAGAUAUUGGUUCCAAAGUAUCCAGAUCAUUUUCGAUUCGUUAAGGCCUCAAAUGGGAUUGUGUGCUUGCGACUCGCAGAAUGGCGUGAGGAAUUAGCCGUGUCAGCUUUAGAGAAGAGUAAGGAGAAUAAGAAGUCGAGUGAUGAGUAUAGGCAAUUCAAGAGUGGGAAAACUUCAUUGGUGUUUUCGAUGAGUUUUCCGAAGGGGUAUGGGGGGCAGAAGAAGGUGAAGGCGUGGAUGGAGGAGUUUCAGAAGUUACCAUACAUUUCGCCAUAUGAGGAUUCUAGGAGGAUUGAUCCCAAUAGUGAGCUUAUGGAGAAACGGGUUGUUGGGGUUUUGCAUGAGAUUUUGAGCUUGACUAUUCACAAAAAGACUAAAAGGAACUACUUAAGAAGCUUGAGAGAGGAACUGAAUCUUCCGCAUAAGUUUACUCGGUUAUUUACUAGGUAUCCAGGGAUUUUCUACCUGUCGUUGAAGUGUAAGACGACUACUGUGGCUCUCAGAGAAGGAUAUCGUCGAGGAAAACUUGUGGACCCUCAUCCCAUUGCUCGUCUCAGAGAGAAGUUUUAUCAUGUUAUGAGAACAGGGCUUCUUUACCGUGGUAAAGGUGUUAACUUGCUAUCUCAGCAAGGCAUUUUACUUAAUGAUAUGGAAGAUGAGACAGGACAAGAGACUUCCGAUGGGGAAGAGGUUGAAUCAGGUGAUGAAUGCUCAGAGGAAAUUUCAGAUGUAGAGGAAGGAUCUGAUGAAGAGUAAUGUUUGUAUGAUAGAAUUGAGGUUUAAUUAAAUAGCAAACAUCAUUGCAGCCCAAGGUAAGAAAUUCUACUCAUAGUAAUGAAUUUAGAUCAUUCUUCUUACUUUAAGAAUCAGGAUAACUAUGAUCUAAAAGGUUGAUUCAUCAAGUUUAUAUUGUUGGUGGAUAGAUUUGUUGAUUGAUGCAUACUGUUUGAUUCAAAUUUAAAGGGGCAAAAUUUAACAUUUGUCCAACAAAUGCUUGUUAUGCCUAUACAUUAUAAGCUGUUAUCAAUACUUACAUGUAAAAAGGUAUAACAUUUAUGUUCAAAAACUUUAAAUGCCAAUGAGCUAUUGGUCACAAUUAAGAAACUCAUCUAUUGGUUGAAAUGAAGUUUACAAUCACUGUUUUUCUUAUAUUGGUAAGAUAAACACUCACCCAGUCACCCAGUGGAUGUUGAUUUUUGAACCCACGAGCUUAACCUCCACCCUGAUCUUAUAAGAGGAGGGUGUGCAAUUUGAGCUCCCAUUGACUAGAAUCACUGUUAGUGUUAAGUGAAAUGAAGAUAUUUUUUUAUGAUUGUAAGUGUCAAUUUUAUAUUUCCUGUUAGUUGGAAUAGAUUUAGUGGAAGAAUCUCUUGUUAAUCUUUGGUGUUGAAGUUCCUGUAUUCACUAUUUGAUGUAAAACCAUAGAAAAAGUAAAUAAGUAACAUUGACGUACAUAAGCCAGCUAGUUCAAAAGUUGAGGACCAAAUAUGAAAUUUAACCAAAUAAAAUUGAUGCACAUAAAGCUGUACAUGUUAUAUAUUACAACAAAUUCAGAAAAUUAAUCAAUGAAUCACUCACCUGUUGUUAGAAAUCAAGAGAAGACAAUAGGUUACUUGUAAUGGUAAGUGAAUUCUGAUAUGGACAAAUGAGUUAUCCUACAUAUUCUGAUUCGCAUCAGAAAGAAGCAUCUUGAGAUUGAUCACUUUUGUAGCAAUGCAUGCAACUAGAGCUUUUAUAUUCAAAGCAAAGCAUGCUUUAAAUUUACCAGGUUGUUUGAGUUCAUUAGAUUCUGAAAAUUAGGAUGUUAACCACUAUAGAACACCUUCUGACAUAUAUUGUUCCCUCUAUAGGUAUUUCCAACUCUCAACUACUUUUGUAUUAUCAAGUUCGGUUGUACUGGUAAUUUGAAUGAAUGUGGAUUGCUUAUAAUGUUGAUUAAUACCUAGCUACUGUGACUUGCAAUUUUUUGGUUUUGAGAGAAAGAACAAGAAGCUUGGUUGCCAUUUACAGUAGAGAAGCUGGCUUCCAUUGGAGUGCAAGCGAUCAAUAUGUGGAAGUCUCAUGAGGUUCAAAAAGCAUGUGAAGUUAAUUUAUGUGGAGAUGAUUUUACAAGGGUGUGGAAAACUUCAAUCUGGGGAAAUAUCAAAAAAUAUUUGAGGGAAUGUGAUGCAGUAACCAAUGCACCAAGGAAUAAUUGAUAGAAGAGCAUUGUAUCAUAUAAGCAACUGGAUUAUUACACUGGGAAGAAACAUGGCCCCGGUUUGGAUAGAUCAUCACCAUAUGACAGUAUAUAAGCGUCCCCUGUUUUGGUAACAAUCUCAACUAUGGUUUGAACAAAGAAAUGAUCACACAAAUUUUGCUGCAUAACUUUAGAACAGUUUGAUUUGUGAAGUUUGCUUUCUUUGUAAGAAAGUUAUGAUCAUCUUGUGUACUUCAU